AUGGCGACUCUGAAGCCAAUCGGUACUGACAAGAACAAGCAACCUUUUUACUUUGAAGAUAUUGUGCAAAUCUACGGCCCAGUGCCACGCAAUCCAAAAGCCCCCUUCAACCCUAGCGAUGGUCAAAAGGCCCUGAAGAAGCUUCUGGAACAGAAGAAGUCCGUAAAGGCAAAACUUACCGCCGGUGCCAGUGGUCUGUCUCUAAAGAAAAAGGGAGCAUUCGGCAAGAAGCCGAAAAUUGAACAGGUCGCAUAUUCAUCCGUGAAAAACUUCUACCAGUUCUCUGAUAAUCCCGGAUGUGUCGUGUUGGCUGCUGAGGAUAAGGUUAUCAAGCCCCAGUACAUCAUCAUCGCGCCUACAUCUGUAGAUAAAACGGUAAAGUUUGUGAAUGUAUUGCAAACCUCCCAGUGGGCGGAGAAAUCCAAUCUAAAGAACGCUCCCAUCCCCUUGGUGGUAGUAGACAACUCGGCCGCCAUUGCGAGCUCAAGACGCUCGAGUGCAGCUUUAAGCCGCAAAUCCCUUACAGAAAUUCCAACGCCUAGCACCAGGGAGAGUCGCAGGUCAAGUACAAGCUCUAGCAGCAGCGACAGAAUUGUCGAGACUCCGCAUGAGCCCCGCAGGGAAAGCUUGAAGAGUCGUUCCGUCUCCUCAUCCUCGUCUUCUCGCUCAUCUCGAAGCCAAAACUAUGAAGUGGCACAGCAAAGGGAACGAAGCCCCUCUCCCGUGUCUCCACCACCUCCCAGCAUUAGUAGCCGACGUAGUCGAAAGAGCCACACCUCAUUCUCCUCUUCAAGGGCUCUGUCAACAUCACCGUAUCAGAGUCGAAAGUCCCCCGUGUCCAAGUCGAAGACACCAAGCAGAACGCAAUCUAGGUCUUCCUCGUCCUCAUUCUCAUCCUCGCGCUCCCCGAGUGCUCACGAACGCGUCAGUUCACGCGCGAGUUUGACGGCUACACAGCCAACAAUUGAAUCUAGCAGGCAAAGCACACCGGAACCAACCAUUUCUAAAUCAGACAAAGUCAAACCGAAAACGCCUGAGUCCAAACCGUCCAAAUCAACUGGCGGGCGUAGAGACAGCGAAUGCCAUUUUGUAGCAUUUGAUAAGAAAUCCAAAGCCACCAAGAAAUACCGCAGUUCUUCUUCGUCCUCAUCUUCCAGUGAAACAGAAUGUUAUUCGCACUCAGCCCUCCCGAACGGUGGUGUUUACUACUUGGCUCCGCAUAGGAACAAGAAUAUCACGAGAGGUGCUGCGGCCGCGCAGGCAUCCUCGAGAUCUCGACAACCGCAUAGAAGCAGGAUUUUCCUCUACAGGGCUGAGAGCAGCAGCAGCAGUAGCAGCAGCAGUUCUGAAAGCGAAACCGAGCUCAAACGUUUCAAGUAUCCUCAGCCGUUUAUCAGCCAGCAGCCCCCACAGCGGCAACCUCAAAGAGUACGCGACAUAAGCACCAGCAGUUCCAGCAGCUCCGACAGUGAUAGUAGUGAGCCCCGCCAAUUCCUACGUGGUGUCAACAAGCAAAGAACUUAA